AUGAAAGGCUAUGUGGUUGGUAGUGGAGAUCCUAUUAACCUGGUUAACGUAUAUGCUCCGCAAAGUACAGCUGCUAAGCUUAGUCUGUGGAAUGAGUUAGCUGGGAUUAUUGAUCCUUCUGUUGGUCUUUGGGUUCUAUCGGGUGAUUUUAACGCAGUUCGGUCCUCUGAUGAAAGAAAAAAUUCUAAUUUUAAGCCGGCUUGUGCGGAGAAUUUCAAUAAUUUCAUUUUUUCCAGCGAUUUGCACGAGUAUCCUAUGCAAGGGAGGAAGUUUACUUGCAUUAGGGAUAAUGGCAAGAAAUUAAGUAAAUUGGAUCGCUUUUUGGUUUGUUCGGAUUUCUUCAUCAAAUGGCCGUCAGCGUGUGUUCGAGUUCUGGCUAGUCAGUUCUCUGAUCACUGCCCUAUUUUGCUUGAGCUGGUGGAUCUGAAAUUCGGACCUAAACCGUUCAGGGUCUAUAACUCGUGGAUUGGUAAGCCAGGGUACGAGGAUGCAGUCAAAGAAGCUUUGGUGGGUUUUGAUUCUUUUGAUCCUUCGGAUUCUUGUCUCACAGCUAAGUUUGCUCGGAUUAGGGCCCAGUUAAAAAUUUGGAGGGAUAAGUUCCUUGCUAAGGAAAGUGAACUUGAAAAAACAGCUUUGGCUGAAUUGGAGACUUUGGAAUCCGAUAUGGAGAAUAGGGAAUUGUCGGAGGAUGAGGAAUGGUCAUUGGUGGAAAAUAAGAACCUCAUCAAAGAGACGGAGAUUAGGAGAAAUUUGGAUAUUAAACAACGAGCUCGGUUAAGGUGGGCGGUCGAUGGGGACGAGAACUCCAAGUUCUUUCAUGCUUUGGUAAAUAACAGGAAAAUAGUCAAUGCGAUUCACGGACUUUCCAUUGAUGGUGUGUGGUGCACUAAAUCGGCAAAAAUCAAACAUAAAGUUCUUUCGUUUUUUCGCGAUAGAUUCAAGGAACCGGCUUCGGUUAGACCUGAUCUUCUUUUGUCGUGGUAUUAA